AUGGCCUCGGUGAGCUUGGAGGAGCGGAUGCAGAAGCCGGCGGUGUGCGUCACGGUCUUCGGUGAGGCGCACAGCGGUGUGCUGCGGGGCGUCGACAACAACUUCAACGCCGUCAUCGACAGGCAGACGGACGGGGAGCUCUGCUUCGUCCGCGGCGAGACGGUGUUGUACAUCGGCUUUGAUGACGAUAACAGCAACAACAACGACAGCAUCGGCAAUGUCCGCAAUGAUAAGGAGGCAGGGAGGAAUGGCGGUGCGGUUGAGUAA